CUCAGCCUUCCCAAGAUGGCGGCAACGCAACGACCUUCUCAAAAUGGCGUAAACCCCCAAGCGACCAUCCCCAGAACGCCGCGACUUCCCGAAUCCUGGCGAUUUAAACGACCGCUGCUAAUGGCGGCAAAGGAAAGGACCUUGCAGAGGUGAUGGAAACAUUAACGGCCGGCCCAAAGGGUGGUGUUAUAAACGACCUCCCCAAUGUGGUGAUAAAAACCACAACCCCAUCCCAAGAUGGCGGCGCUUCCGCCCCUGAGACCGCCCCGCAGCGGAAAUGGCGACGAGGGGCUGGGCCCGUCCCUUUCCGGCCUCUCACGGCGACGCCGCCAUGCCUCUCGCCAAGGACCUGCUGCACCCGUCCCCCGAGGAGGAGAAGCGCAAGCACAAGAAGAAGCGGCUGGUGCAGAGCCCCAACUCCUACUUCAUGGACGUCAAGUGCCCCGGCUGUUAUAAGAUCACCACCGUGUUCAGCCACGCUCAGACCGUGGUGCUCUGCGUGGGCUGUUCCACGGUGCUCUGCCAACCCACAGGGGGCAAAGCCCGGCUCACCGAGGGUGGGUGACUCUUGUGGGGGG